AUGCACAAACCAAUUCAUUUUGUACUCUUAAUAGUUUUGACUUUGGGAGCUGAAUGGCAAACAGGUUUAGAUUAUGUGAUCAAAAACUAACCUUAAUUAACACUUACCAGCAAUUAUCCAAUCCAUACUUAAAUUGAAAUCAUAUUCGAUAAGCAAUUCUCAGAGUAUGUAUCUCUCUUAAAAGAGUACCUGAAGUAUUGCUCAUGUUUGAACAUGUAACCUUUGAAUCAAUGUUGGAUGUCGAUAUUAAUCUUUCAUUGGGACAAGUGACCAAAUCUGGUAGAAUAUUUAACCUUUCCUUUUAGGUUUUGAAUUAAGGUAUCGUUUAGGAGGACCUGCAAGAGUGUAAUAACUUAAAGUUAGAUGGGUAGCAUUUGUCGAUAAAAAUGUAUAACUUACCUAUCGUGAAUUCAAUUUCAUGUAAUUAAGGGAACUUCGUCAAGGUAUUCGUAUUUCUUAUUGACUAUUAGGUUUUGGUGAGAGAGAAGACUCAUUCACUCAACCUGUUAAUGCUAAUAUAAAAUCACCUAAAGUUAGUACUUUUCUUGUGGGAUUCAAAAUUAAUCCAGAAAACGGACCAUAUGCUCUUCAAAUUAAUUGUGCUCUAGAUUCACAAUUACAGAACAUCAAUUUAAAUCUUAAAACUAAAGAUACUACUCAUGUAAGAUAUGUCAAAGUUGCUUUGAUUCUUGUUGGAGAAGGUUCAAAAGCCAUAACAAAAUAAGGCGGUAUUGAUUCUAGAGGUUUUAAUUACUUUGAAGUAAUGAAACUUUUAUUUUCUAAAGGAAUAAAGCACCAGCGGAAUAAGAAGAAUCGAUUACAAAUAAGUUGUUCCAGAAACCUUCUUAACGGCUCCUUCAGAAAACAUUCUAAGUUAAGGACUAAGAGGCUUUGAGGCAAAUAGUACAGAAAGUGAACUUAUUUCAAUGAGCUUGGAUAAGUAUCAUGUAUUCGAUGAGAAUUAUGAAAUGAACUUUGGUCCAUGUAUGGAGUACUUUUCUAUUAAGAGUGAAUGGCACUCUAAUCUACAGUCUAGAUUUCUCCAUCCUGUUGCACGAACCAACCAAAAUAGAGAAAAUGACAAUGAGUCAUCUGCGUAGAAAAUGAG